AUGAACUAUGGUAUCAUCGGUAUAGGCGGCGACACUGGUGCCGCUGGCUUGAACGACCGGUGCCGUGCAGGAGCUGCAGCCUUGAAGAUCCGGAUCAUGAACAAUGGGCAUAACGCGUACACACGCCGCGCAAUCUCGCUCGUACGUCAGGCACCAUCAGACAACGACCUGAGCGUACAGAACACCAACCAUUUGCCAAGUUCAGAUAUGGAGAAUGAACGACAUCCCGUUAUGUGCGUACCAGCGCCAUGGACCCUGAAAGCAGAAAGCUACCUACUCUUCCUGAAGCUCAACAGUCUUCCACUCGGGCUCUACGAUCCGCUCGAAGAAGCAUGGACAGAUGAAGGGCUAGGCACAUUCACCGGCGGACUUGGUGCUAUAAUGAUUGUUCGCUAUACAGACACGCCCGUUGGACUCUAUGACGAACUCAUGCUCAUCCCUGGAAACUUCGCCGUGCCGCGUCCCUCCGACGGCCCGCCCAAGAUCCCCAAGAAAGCCCUCCGCAUAGCGCGCAUUUACGUCUCGCAACGCACUACCACAUACAAUGGUCGUCUAAACUGGAAUAUCCCGAAGCAUCUUGCACGAUUUGAGUUUUCCGCGCCCGUGACGAAGGAGGGGAUGGCGCCGCCAGAGAAACUGACUGUGAAAGCAUUUGCACCCGGGACGGUGGAGGGGGAUGGCGUUGCGCCUUUCUUUGCGUGCACGCUGAAGCCGUGGAGGUGGGUUCCUGCCGUGCCGGUCAACAUGAGAUAUGUUCCGCUGAAGAUGGUGCAUGUUCAGCCGCCGAUCCCAGAGCCGGCGGGGCAUCGGCAGGCUGUGGAGACUGAGCUGGACGACGGAGUGAAGAUUGACCCGUACGAUAUUAGUACAAAGAAUGAGAUAGCCGUAGCUGCGGGUACGGAUCGGUGGUGCUCGUUUGAUAUCGGUGGGAAGGUGGCGAGAGCGCGUGGAUGCUGGGUCGAGAUGUUGCGGAAUGGGACUGGAGGCGAGGAAGAGUCGAAAUAUUUCCCGCUGGAGCUCAAGCCGUGGAGUUUCGGUGGUUGGAUGGAAGAAGCGGUGCUGGAAAUUGAAAAGCCGCUGGAGUGGAAGCUGUAA